AUGGUCCGACUGUAUAUUCAGAUUGCCUCUUCCACGGACUCAGAUUUCAACCCGCGGAAGACGGCGUCCGAGGAGGAAGUGCAGGCACAUGCAAAGAAGAUUUUGCAGCCAUACUCAAUCGAGUGGGAGCGGGUUGAGUGGUACUCGGUCUACCCUAUCGGCCAGGGUAUUUCUGACAACUACACGCUUGAUCAUCGCGUUUUCUUGGGGGGCGAUGCUUGCCACACUCACAGUCCGAAAGCUGGUCAAGGCAUGAACACCGCAUUCCUCGACGCCCAGAACCUCGCCUGGAAAAUCCACCUUGUCGAGAAGGGCUUUGCCAACCGCAGCCUGCUGCAGACGUACCAGUUUGAGCGCAAGGAGGUGGCCGAGACGCUCCUCUCCUUCGACAACAAAUACGCCAAGCUCUUCUCUGAGAAGCCCCCAGCCGCCAGCAUGGUGGAAGCCGCGACCGAGUCCAAGGCUCCUUCGAACCCGAGCAGUGAGGAACAGCACGACAAUGCGUUUGUGCAGGUUUUCAAGGAGAGCUGCGAGUUCACAAGCGGCUACGGCGUCAAGUACCAGCCCAGUCUGAUUACCUGGUCCCCUGACCACCCAGCACAGUUGGCAACUGUCGACCCGGAGGCCAACAAGCUGCGCCCUGGCCGGCUCUUGACUAAUGCAGAUGUGACGCGCGUUGUGGACGCCAACGUUGUGCAUCUUGAACAGGAGGUGCCCAUGAACGGCUCCUUCCGUAUUUUUAUCUUUGCUGGCAAGGCAUCGACUACGGCGGCCGCUCUCCGAGACCUUGAGAGUGGCAUGCGGAAACGCAACUCGUUCUACGCCUCCUACCAACGAGCGGACGUGGACACGGUUUCGUAUCACGAGAAGCACAACCCCCACAGCCUAUUCUAUACUUUCUGCGUCAUUUUUGCUGGCCGCCGGCAAGAUAUCGAGAUCUCGCGCGAUGUGCCGGGCCUUCUCACACGGUACCGGGAUCACGUCUACGCCGACGAUCGACGGAGCUACCGUGUGCCGGACGCACGUGCGUCGGCACAUGUUAAAAUGGGUUUCGACGAAGACCAUGGCGGCGUUGUUGUGGUCCGACCUGACGGCUAUGUUGGUAUUGUUACGAGCCUUGUAGAGGGCAGCGGCACAUUGGAUGCGCUCAACGCUUACUUCGGGUCAUUCUGCACAAAGAAGCUCGGCCAAGAGUCGGCGCAGCUGUAA